UACUUAGAGACAGAGAAAUCGAUGUGAUCAAACCUUGGUGUCAGUCCUGGCAGAAUCAGGUCAAAAAGUUUGUUCAAGGAUCACUCUUCAGGGUCUGAGAGUGGGACUUUGUGAGUGAAUUUGCUACUUGCUUGUGUUCCUGAUUCAAAUUGGCUUCUCCGCUUCUUGAAUUGAUUAAGUCCUCAUUCGCAUGAGGAAUUUGCCCCUGAGCUCGACGUUCGUCGAGCACAUUCCUCCUCUUCUCCUCUCCGAUUGGUGGAAAGAUAUCAACAAGUCCACUGUGUGCCAGAACGCCGUAUACUUCUCUCUCUGCGGAUGCUAUGCUCUCGUCUCCACCGCUGCUCUGAUUCAAUUGAUAAGAAUUGAAUUAAGAGUUCCUGAAUAUGGUUGGACAACACAAAAGGUUUUUCAUUUGAUGAACUUCAUUGUCAAUGGAGUGCGUGCUGUGAUAUUUGGAUUUCACCACCAAGUUUUUAUCUUACAUCCAAAGGUAUUAGUUUUGGUUCUGUUGGAUCUUCCUGGACUACUCUUUUUCUCAACAUAUACCCUUCUAGUUCUUUUCUGGGCAGAAAUUUAUCAUCAGGCAAGGAAUUUAUCAACUGAUAAGCUCAGGAUAAUUUAUGCAUCUAUCAACAGUGCUGUGUAUUUUAUUGAGAUUUGCAUUUGGAUUUAUCUUUGGAUAGAUUAUGAUAGGGUUGUGGACGACAUCGGAAAUGUAUUUUUUGCUGUUUUGUCAUUAAUGGUUGCACUGGGCUUCUUGCUUUGUGGAGGAAGAUUGUUUCUCAUGCUGAGGCACUUCCCCAUUGAAUCUAGAGGGAGAAGGAAAAAGCUUCAUGAGGUUGGAUCUGUCACAGCCAUAUGUUUCACCUGCUUUCUUAUCAGAUCCUUUAUGGUAAUCCUUGGUACAUUUGAUUCUAAAGCAUCACUUGAUGUUUCGAAUCACCCAAUUUUGAACUUGAUUUACUACAUGCUAGUUGAGAUCAUGCCUUCAGCUUUAGUCCUUUUCAUCCUGCGCACAUUACCCCCAAAGAGGAUAUCAGUUCAUUAUCAUCUUGUCCAAUAGCAACACUGCGUUUGGGAAUUUUUAUUUAUUCUUUCCAAUUGACCAUAAUUCCACUGGGUUCCUCUGGUUGGAUGCUAUUGAAAUUCAGCAGAUGCAGAGAAACAAUCCCAACAUAGUCCGCCAGAUACAUCAACCCCUGCGAAACACAAAGCAACUAUACUGCUUGAGACUGACAGUUUGGAUUUAUUUUUCUAGGCUGUGUUA